UUUCAUUUUGUGUAGCUUCAGAGGGAGUCUGUGAAAACCCCAAAUUGCAGAUGGCUCUCCUUCUAAAGCCUCGUAAUAUUCCUCUUCUUCUUCUUCGUGUAAUAAUGGCCUCUCGAUGCUCUCCUUCUUCUCCUACUUUUAUGCGUAACUCUUUUUGUUCUCUCUCCUCAACCUCUCGCCCCUUGCUUUCCUCCAAGCACAGGGUGAGUUUUCCAUUGAAGUCGGUUUCAAGUCAAUUUUUAGUUCAAAAUGCAGUUUCACCUAAGGCUUUCAUGUCUUCAAGCACUACAACUGAAUCUGUUCAAGAAAGCACAAGCUCCAAGGCUUAUGGUUCUGAUCAAAUUCAGGUGCUGAAAGGCCUAGAACCUGUUAGAAAAAGACCGGGGAUGUACAUUGGUAGUACUGGGCCUCGUGGUUUGCACCAUUUGGUUUAUGAGAUAUUGGAUAAUGCAAUUGAUGAGGCCCAAGCGGGAUAUGCUUCAAAAGUAGAUGUUGUUUUGCAUUCUGACAACUCAGUUAGCAUCACUGACAAUGGGCGUGGGAUUCCCACUGACUUGCAUCCAGUGACAAAGAAAUCUGCUUUGGAGACUGUGCUGACGGUCUUACAUGCUGGUGGAAAAUUUGGUGGUUCUAACAGUGGAUAUACUGUCUCUGGUGGAUUACAUGGUGUAGGUUUGUCAGUUGUUAAUGCGUUGUCUGAGGGAUUAGAAGUUACUGUUUGGCGUAAUGGAAUGGAAUACAAACAAAGAUAUUCUCGCGGGAACCCUGUGACAAUUCUAACAUGUUAUCCACUCCCUGCUGAAUCAAGGGAUCGUCAAGGGACAUGCAUCAGAUUUUGGCCUGACAAAGAAGUCUUCACUACUAUAAUUCAGUUUGACUACAACACAAUAGGUGGAAGGGUUAGAGAGCUUGCUUUUCUGAAUCCAAAGCUUACUAUCACUCUUAAAAAAGAAGAUAAUGAUCCAGAGAAGAAUCAAUAUGAUGAAUAUUACUUUGCAGGAGGAUUGGUUGAGUAUGUGAAGUGGCUUAAUACUGAUAAGAAACCGCUUCAUGAUGUUGUGGGAUUUAGUAAAGAAAUGGAUGGGAUCACAAUCGAUAUGGCUCUCCAAUGGUGUUCUGAUGCGUACUCAGAUACAAUACUGGGAUAUGCUAAUAGCAUACGUACUAUUGAUGGUGGCACACAUAUAGAUGGUUUCAAGGCUUCACUAACUAGAACUCUUAAUAAUCUUGGAAAGAAGUCAAAGAUCAUUAAGGAAAAGGAUAUUAAUCUAAGUGGUGAACAUGUGAGGGAGGGAUUAACAUGCAUUAUAUCUGUUAAAGUUCCAAGUCCAGAGUUUGAAGGACAAACAAAGACAAGGUUGGGAAAUCCAGAGGUGCGAAAAGUGGUUGACCAAUCUGUACAAGAGUAUCUUACCGAGUAUUUGGAGUUGCACCCAGAUGUUCUUGAUUCGAUCCUUUCAAAAUCUCUGAAUGCUCUUAAGGCAGCUUUGGCAGCAAAGAAGGCAAGGGAAUUGGUGAGACAAAAGAGUGUUUUGAGAACAUCGUCUCUUCCAGGAAAACUAGCUGAUUGCUCAUCAACAAAUCCUGAAGAAUCUGAAAUUUUUAUAGUUGAAGGAGAUUCAGCUGGUGGAAGUGCCAAACAAGGCCGCGAUAGGCGUUUUCAGGCUAUUCUCCCUUUAAGGGGUAAAAUUUUGAAUAUAGAAAGAAAAGAUGAAGCUGCAAUGUACAAGAAUGAAGAGAUUCAAAAUCUUAUUCUUGGCCUUGGACUUGGAGUAAAGGGAGAGGACUUUAAAAAGGAGGCUCUACGGUAUCAUAAAAUCAUCAUCUUAACUGAUGCUGAUGUGGAUGGUGCUCACAUCCGAACUCUUUUACUGACAUUUUUCUUUAGAUAUCAGAGAGCUUUAUUUGAUGAAGGUUGCAUCUACGUCGGUGUUCCUCCUCUUUACAAGGUUGAAAGGGGAAAACAAAUUUACUAUUGCUAUGAUGAAACCGAACUUCAAAAGCUUAGGAACUCAUUCCCUCAGAAUGCUUCAUACAACAUUCAAAGGUUUAAAGGCUUGGGAGAAAUGAUGCCUUCACAACUGUGGGAAACGACUAUGGAUCCAGAGCAAAGGCUGCUCAAGCAAUUGGUUCUUGAGGAUGCAGCAGAGGCAAAUGUUGUAUUUUCAUCACUUAUGGGUGCUCGGGUGGAUGUCCGCAAGGAGCUUAUCCAGAAUUCUGCACGCAUGGUCGACAUUGAUCAACUGGACAUUUGAUAGCUCCAUGUUUUUUAGUGAAAGUGGUCAUUCCUUGUACCAUCACACAACAUUAGCUUGUUUAGGGUUUACAUUGCUGACUUGUAAAGCUUAGGUGUUAAAAUUUUGCUUGUCUCUGAUUCUUCGGAUGGAUGCUUUUAUGUGCACAUCCAAGCAUGUAUUGGUUAGGGUAUUGGAAGGGAGGAAUUUGGAAGUGUUAGGUCUUGUACAAAUGUUAUAGUAAUUCACAUGUAUGAGUUUCAUAUGGACGAGUUUAUGUGCACUAAGAGCAAGUUAGGGAUAUUCUCAGGUUAGCUUAUAUAAGCAACGAGGCCAAGUCUUCUUUUCCUCUUGUAUCAAUUUGGUAUUUUUAGAAAUAUUAUUUCUGAAAUACUCUCCUAAGGAAUUGAACCUGGUCAAUGAGGAAGAAGGUAUACUUGUAUCCUUUAUUGGAAUUGAAUCAAUUAAAUCUGUUUAAUCAACGAGCAUUAUCAUUAUUCA